AAACGAAUCGCGGUGGCUGACAGGGCGACUUGACCAGUCACAAAAAUGUUAAAAAACGGUAUUUUAUGAGUUUGUGAAAGUUGUGCCCCCUUUUCUAAAUUAAUUAAGCCGUUCUACGGCCGUAACGUGUGAUUUGUCGGUUAGGUACACGUCACUUGUUCGGGGCAAAAAUGGACAUAACAAUACUUUUCAAGGCUUGUGUUAAGACUGUGAGGACGACUAACAAGGCCUUAGGCCUGCAAGAGUCCAAACCGGCGCUCCCGAAGUCGGGUCCGAAGGACCCCAAUUUGGCGACUGCUAAAGAAGUGGUGAAGCAAAUAACGCACUUCCAAACCUUCCUCUUAGAGAAUAAAGCAGCGUACUUGAACGUACUAAACUAUUUAUCCACCAAUAAAACCAUGACGGAGGUUGACCGAGAGCAAAUAGACACAACAGCUGAGAAAAUCGUAACCACAUGUACUUCCCUCAUUAGCGACUAUAAAAAAGAAAUUUGCAAGCUGCCCAAAAGCAAGCAAAAGGAGGAACACUACCACAACGUGAUCGACUCACUCGAGCGCUACUUAAAGACAGUUAGCAAAAUAUACACCGAGGCGAAGGCAAUUCGCGUGAAACGUGUCUUGGAGACGCACAAAGUGGCCAAAUUGGAGACAAUUGGCAGUAAAGGGAGUUUGGAACCCCCGAUUGUACCCCCAGUAUCGCCCCCUCCCGUCGAUAUCGAAGACCAGCUAUCAGUUGAAGAAAUGCAAAUGUUUGAGUCGGAAAACGAAAUGCUCUACAAUGAGCUCAACUCAACGUCCGAGGAAGUCAAACAAAUGGAAAGCAAAGUCGUGCACAUUGCCGAACUUCAGGAAUUAUUCACGGAGAAGGUCUUGCAACAGGAACAGGAUAUAGAAAGGAUUGCAAACAACGUCGUGGGGGCUACGAGUAACAUGCGGGACGCUAAUGAGCAAAUCAGACAAGCGAUUCAAAGGAAUGCAGGCUUGAGGGUCUGGGUGCUGUUUUUUCUGCUAGUUAUGUCGUUUUCGCUGCUGUUUCUCGACUGGUAUAACGAUUAACAAACCUAGAAAAAAUAAAUUAUUUAUAAGAAAAAACAUAUUUUUGUAUAACUCGGCAAUAAAGAAUAAAUCGACCAAAAA